UAUAUAUAUAGAGAAAUUUAUACAGUGCAGACGUGUUUUUAUUUUGCUCUGCGUUUUCUUAUUUUCUACGUGGUUUUCCGCGCAUGAUAUAUUUGUGUAUUGCGUUUUCUGGUGAAACUAAAUUUGGUGAUAUACCUGUUGCCGUUUGUCAUUUGAUUCGAUUCAAGCUGAGGUGUAAACGCUUAAAAUACUGCUUGUACUGCUUUUGUUGUUGCCGAACUUGAAGGUAUGUCUCCCCCUCCUGCUGCUGCUAAACGUCGCUUGAGCAAAGAUUCUCCAAUUUCGAAAGCAGCGAAACUGGAUGAGAGUGCAGCUCUACCAUCUAUCCUAACUGCACUUAGAGAGCUUGAGCAAAAGGUACAACGUCAAUCCGAUACACUCCAAUCUUUGUUUGAAGGUCUCUCUAACAAAAUUGCGGAAGCGGAGCGUGCUCUUUGCAAUAAAAUUGAUACGGAGAUUUCUGUGCUCUCCAUCAAACUAACAGAAUCUGCUGAACGUAUAUCUGCUUUAGAAAGUAGGCAAGAGCUGCUUGAUAGUGAGGUGCAGAGUUUGCGUGCACAACUAGAGAGAGUAAACUCCUAUACCCCUGAGGAAUCUACUGCCGCUGUUGUAUUUGGAUUACCGUUUUCUGAAGGAGAAAACCUAAAGAGUAUAUUUAACCACAUAUGCCUCUCUAUUGAUUUCUUGGUGCCGCAGAUACGUGACAUCUUUCGCUCCAGGCCAACCAACAACAGCCCUAAUAGUGCGAUUAUCGUUAAAUUCUACUCUUCGCAUGAUCGGAAUCGUACUCUUCAUGCUUUUGGCGAAUAUCGUAGGCGUACAAAAUCUCUUAUUUCAUUAGCUGCUGUGGGGCUUGAAGGUAAUUUCUCUAUCUUCGAGAGUUUGAGCUCGAAUAAGAGAAAGAUCUUGCAAGAAGCAAUUCGACUAAGAAGAGCGGGUAAAUUGGCCUCCGCAUUCACAUUGCGUGGAGACGUAUUCAUUAAGACUUCUAAAGACUCUUCGGGAAUAAAAAUUGACAAGCUUGAUGAUCUUAAACUUGUAUAUUGAUACGCUGUACUCUUUGCAACUCUUAUUUAUGUUAUCUUCUUAUAUGCCUUGUUUAAAUGUUAUUGUAAACUAUGUAAAGUUGGUUCAUCUUUCUGUUUUGUGCCGUAAACGUAUAUUUGAUGGUUGUUGUUUUCCAUUAAAGGUUGCUUUUGUUUGCUGCUUGCAUGUUGUCUCUGAGUAGCAAAACUAAUAGCGUUAAUGACAACAGUAUUGCUAUGUUAAAUAUUCUAUGUUCCCAGCAGAGUGGUCUUAGGGUGGUUCACUUUAAUGCGCGGAGCCUGAACAAUUUAAAAAUGGAUUAUGUGAGACAUGUUUUCCAGUCCUCAGGUGUUGACGUUAUAUGUAUAUCCGAAACUUGGUUUGUCAGUGAUGUGUGUGAUGCUUACUAUAACAUUAAUAGCUAUAAGUUAGUGCGCAAUGACAGGGUCGGUAAAAAAGGCGGUGGCGUUGCUAUUUACUGCAAGAACCACAUUAGCAUGCGCACAAUCUGUCAGUCGAACGAUGGGGGCGUGGAGUUUUUGUUCGUCGAAUUGUCUGACCGUUUUAAUAAGGCUCUUAUCUCGUGUGUAUAUAACCCAAACAAAUAUGUAUCCCUUAAUCCGUUUUUUGCAUCCCUUUCUUCUUUCGUAGUAGACUACGAAAAUAU